AUGAAUAUUGAGAUCUCAAACACGAAACAGAUCGGGAUUGGUCUAACCCUGUUCGGAUGCACAUUCGUAGGACUCGGAGUGCUUUUGUUCUUCGACAAGGCAUUGUUGGCCAUUGGGAAUGUAAGUUUGCUUUGAUUUCUUGGUUGUUUGACGUUUAGGUUUUGACGAAGGAGAAGGAAAAGGCUUUGACUGUCUCAUGUUUGAGGUUUCUCAGCCUGAAAAAAAAAAUUUUUUUUGCAUAAAGAAACGGGUUUUCAUUGAUCUGGACCAUGUGUUAUAUAAAAUUUUCAUUUUUUUUGGGUUGAAAAUGGAAAUAAAUGUUUAACAUAGCAUAUAUAACGCUGUAAGUAGUCUAAUAACUUUUAAAAUUGUGGGGUGAUAGCAAACUUUAAUUUUUUUUUUGUAUCUUUUUUAUCAUGAAUAAUAUAAUUUUUUGACUCUUGAGGUAGCCUUUAGAGUGACUGUUUCAAGACAAAAUUAAAUCCUCACAGUGAUUUCUUGAUAUUGUUUUCAUUUCAGCUCUUGUUUAUCGUCGGAUUAACACUUGUGAUCGGAGUUCAGCGAACAUUACUCUUCUUUUUUCAAAGGCAUAAAAUCAAGGGAACGGCGCUAUUCUUCGGUGGAAUCUUCAUUGUUCUUUUGGGAUGGGCCUUUGUCGGAAUGUGCAUUGAAGUUUGGGGCUUUGUACUGCUGUUCGGGUAAGGAGUUUUGUCUAGUGCAAUAUAAUUUUUUUUUUGCUUUUUGGGAUUAUUAUUGUUAUAUAUGGUUAGGAAUGGUGUUUUUCAAGGUUAUAGUUUCUAUUUUCAGUGGAUUCUUGCCGUCAGCUGUGAAUUUUGCCCGAAAUUUGCCAUUCAUUGGGACCUUGUUGAUGAUGCCCGGAAUCCGACAGGUAAUUGGCUAAUUCUUUGUGGAUUCUGUGUGUUUAGACCGCUUGUUUAUCGUUCCGGGUCCUUUGGCGUCUCUGUAUUGCCCUCUAUCACUUUGCUAACCAAUAAUCUCGCACUUUUCCAGCUUGUAUAUUACACUUGCACUAACUAGUCAAAACUUAUGUCAUAAUUCAUAUUUUUCUUUCGUUUUUAAACUUAAAUUGUGUGUAAAAGACUCUGUAUGUCUUUGUCUGUGGUUGUAAAGCUUUAAAUGUUUAUUAUUUUUCGUUUUACACGGGUUUUUGUGUUGUAGUAGGUGGUCAAAGGGUUAUAUUUUGAUUUCAGUGCCUCGAUCGAAUCGCUCCAGAAGCCAAGUAUCCGAUUUAA